AUGAAGGUCCUUUUCCUAACCAUAGUGCUAAGCCUGUGCUCUAUCCUCCAAGCUCAGGAGUCAGCAUCUUAUGAAGAAGGAUUUGAGGGUACGUACUUUAUAAAGGCCGUGGUGGCAGACAAGGAAAUCCUAGGGGAGAAGAAGCCUAAGGAUAUUGUCACCUUGAGGAGAACUGACCUUAGUAAUGGUAAUUUGGAGGCCAAAUUUACCAUCAACAUACUUGGAAAGUGCAAAGAGAUUAAAAUGAUAUUAGAGAAAACAGAUGAACCUGGGGUAUUUUCCAUGGGGGACUUCCAGCAAGGAAGUCCCUACAUUCAAGACAGAGCAAGCCCUGUUCUGCAAGUUAUAUUCUUUGUCAAAAUGCAGAAGAGAACCCAGAAAGCCUUUGAGGACUAUAAGAAGUUUGUGAGUCUUAAAGGAUUUAAAGAAGAAAAAAUCCAGAUCCCCAGACAAACUGGAGCAGAUGAUUUUCUUCAACCUCAGAAAUCAAUGCUUUCCAGGAAGCCCAGUCAUAUCCUUAGCGACAAGCUGUUCUUUGUGUUUGCCUGCUGCAUAAUCUUCUCCCUUUAG